AUGGUGCACAAAGUGAAGAAGAAAGUCCCUUCCCAUUCCAAAACUGAAGCCAAAGCAAAGGCAUUGAAAGCCCAGAAGGCAGUGCUGAUACGCAUCCACAGCCACAAUAAAAAGAAGGUCCACAUGUCAUCCACCUUCCAGCAGCCCAAGACACUGAGGCUCCAAAGGCAGCCCAAAUAUCCUUGGAAGAGAGCACCCAGGAGAAACAAGCUUGACCACUAUGACUUCAACAAGUUUCCUCUGACUACUGAGUCAGCCAUGAAGAAGAUUGAAGAUAACAACACAUUUGUGUUCAUUGUGGAUGCUGACGCCAACCAGCACCAGAUCAAACAGGCUGUGAAGAAGUUCUUUGACACUAACAUAGCCAAGGUCAAUCCCUUGAUCAGGCCUGAUGGAGAAAAGAAGGCAUAUGUUUAG